CCAUCGACAAGUCGUGCACCGUCCGGUGUCUUCACGUCCUGCUGAAUUUGCUGUAAUUUGUUUUGCGGCGCAUUUGGCAUUAUUCUCCUCGUGGCAAAUGUCUUAACCUCGCCCUGUCGGGACUUUCGACCCUUUAAAGGCGCUGCCCCGAUUGCGCCGGCUGCCACGAUGCUUUCGCGACAAGCCCGCUGCGGCCUUCUGGCGCAUCGGGCUACCGCCAUCAAGACCGCAGUCUCGUCGCCGAGAUAUGCUGGCCUUCGAUUACAGACUCCUUCGCUGGAGCGACAAUAUGUUGUCACGCGACAGUGUCGUCCAUGGCCCCGACGGGGAUCCGACGCUGGCUACAGGCAUCUCCUUCACGAGAGAAGUUUGGCCACGGCAGUCGAUGACUUCAAAUUCGAAUCGUUACCAUAUAAUCAUCUUACCAGCUCUACGCUAUCUUCAUUUCAACCUCCGCCACUACCGACAUAUCCCCUACGACCAUUCGAUCCAUCAUUACCACUCACGGUUCCCGAGCCAGGGCCGCCUCGACCAGCGACGAAGAUCAACAUGUACGGGAUUCCCGGCGACACCGAGGAUUUGCUGGCAGUGUUCGACGCGUGUAUCCGAGUUGGAAAGCUAGAUCGAGCUGCUCUAGUGCUCAAGCGAUUCAACGCGAUCGGUAUGCCUUCGGGUGAGGAGAGAAUUCUUCUCAACAACCAGUAUCUGCGAGCAUCGCUGCAGCAAAUGCGCUCAAACCCCGACAGAAAGCAGGCCGAACAGCUUCACCAAUGGUACGAAUUGCAAAUCCGAAGCAAGAGAUUGCCGCACACGGCCGAGACGAUCGCAUGCAUGCUCAAGGCGUCACUGCUUUCUGAGCGUGGCUCCAGGCUGGAUCGGCUGGUAAAGCGCUACAUGGGCAUGGCGCCAGGCGACGCAGGCCUGCGGGUUCUGAGCAUGGCCGACAUUCUUCUCGACCAAGACUUGGCUGUCAUCACAGAGAUCUGCCCGGAUUACAACUUCGCCAUGGAGGCUGAAGAGUUCGAUGACGCGUUUGACUUCGAAGAUGAGGUUGAACUCGCCCACGGUGACUCGGUUGCUGUGGAGGAGGGAGCGACAAUGCAAACGGUGCCAGACUUAGUACCAACUCCCCAGCGUGGUGAAGGACUGGCGACUCUGAAGAAAGGACUGAGGCUCCUCUCGGAACUGGAAGAGGUCGACAUUUCGAAGCUAUCGUUGGCCGACCGCCAAGAGCUUCAGCUAGAGAUUGAGCGCGACUCUAUCAGCUCUGCCAUCGAAAAAUGGCGAGCGGACAACAAGAACUUGCAGAGCAUGAACAUCAACACCGCACUGGGGCCAUCCUCUGCGCCGGGCUCGCUCUCGCAAGUGAUGGCGACCUGGCUGGAUUCUAUGGAGGCACGCCUCAAGCAAGAGCUGGUGCUGCUCGAGGUGUCGGAGAAAAAGGCUGCCAAAUCCGAACAAGAUCUCGACCGAUGCCUCUACGGUCCGUUGCUGCAGCAGGCGGACCCUGCCAGACUUGCCGCCGUCACCAUUCUUUCUGUUCUCAACCUUGGAGCGAUGCAGGGUGCCGAUAAAGGCCUCGUCGUGAGCAAGCUCAUUUCGAACCUAUCAAAGCUAGUGCAAGAGGAUAUCGAACUGCAACGAAAGGACGUGGCGAAGAAGUCUAGGCGACGGAGAAACGUUCGGUUCAACGGUCAGCCUUCAGACAACGCACAGGAUCUCGAGCAGACCGAUAGCAAGGCGACGACCUUGAUCACCGACUCAACCGAGGCGGAGCAAUCUCUCAAUGAGGCGGCCCAAAAACCUUGGUCCAUGUUUGUCAGUGCACAAGUUGGCUCAUUCCUCCUCAAGACCUUGAUCGAGACGGCCAAGAUCAAGGCCACUGCCGAGGACCCAGCAACCAAGACAAUCGUCGGCCAAGAACUGCCGGCCUUUCACCAUUUCGUGCAGCCUCGCAAGGGAAAGAAGGUCGGCGUCUUGUUCCUGAACUCCCGACUGGUGGACCAGCUGAAGCGAGAGCCAGUAGGAGACUUCAUCGCCAAACACCUGCCAAUGGUUGUGGAACCAAAACCGUGGAAACGAUUCAACGAAGGCGGAUUCCUCGACAGCAAAACAAGCCUCGUCAGAGUAACACCUGGCGAUGUUGAGCAGCGGCUGUACACCAACGCUGCCAUCAAGUGCGGUGAUAUGGACAAGGUGUUGAAGGGCCUUGACAUUCUCGGCAAAACCCCAUGGAAAAUCAACAAGAACGUUCUCAACGUCAUGAUGGAGGCUUGGAACUCUGGUGAAGAAAUCGCCAACAUGCCGCCACUGAAUCCGAAACUCGAGCACCCACCCGAACCCGACUCUGACGGCGAUCCCCUUGUUCGGCGAAAUUGGGCCCGCGCCGUCAAGGCUAUCGAGAACGAGAGGUCUGGGCUCCACUCUCAGCGUUGCUUCAUGAAUCUUCAGCUCGAGAUUGCCCGCACAUUCAGGAACCAAACCAUCUACUUUCCUCACAACGUCGACUACCGUGGACGCGCUUACCCCAUGCCGACGUACCUCAAUCACAUGGGCGCAGAUCACACGCGUGCAAUUCUCAAGUUCGCCAAGGGCAAAGAGCUAGGCGAAAGGGGCCUUCGCUGGCUCAAGAUCCACCUCGCCAACCUGUACGGCCUCGACAAGUCCAGUUUCGACGAGCGAGAGGCGUUUGCCAACGACAACGUUGCUAAUAUUGUCAACUCGGCCACAAACCCGCUUGCUGGUAGCCGCUGGUGGCUCAAAGCCGAAGAUCCCUGGCAAUGCCUCGCUGCUUGUUUUGAGUUGAAGGCUGCGCUUGAUCUUCCGGACCCGACUAAGUUUGUAUCCGAACUACCUGUCCAUCAGGACGGCACCUGCAACGGUCUACAGCACUAUGCCGCCCUAGGCGGUGACACCUGGGGCGCGAAGCAGGUCAAUCUGGAGCCCGGCGAUCGUCCCGCAGACGUCUACUCCGCCGUUGCAGAUCUUGUAAAGCAAGCCAUCGACAAAGAUGCGGCCGCCAAGAACCGUUUCGGCGAGAUUCUGCAGGGCAAGAUUACUCGCAAGGUCGUCAAGCAGACCGUCAUGACGAAUGUGUACGGCGUCACUUUCGCAGGGGCGAAGAAGCAGGUUUGCAAGCAAAUAGACGCCCUCUAUCCGAACCUAGGAAAGGAAUGCGGCAUCCCAAAUAUUUUGCUGUCCACCUACAUUGCGAGACACAUCUUCAAUGCGCUCGCAACCAUGUUCCGAGGCGCACACGACAUACAAUACUGGCUUGGCGAGAUCGGUGGGCGGGUCUGCAGGGCCUUGACUCCCUCGCAGUUGCAGCAGAUUGCCGAUUCGUACGCAGAUGGCAAAGUGGACAACCCGACCCGUGCGAAAAGGGGCAGGAAGAGCUCGACAGCGGCCAAAUCUGGCUUCGAGGAGCUAGCCCAACAGUUCCGCUCGACCGUCGUCUGGACCACGCCCCUGAGAAUGCCCGUCGCGCAGCCCUACCGCAAGAGCAACACCCGGGAGAUCCGCACCUGUUUGCAGGCCAUGGUCUGCCCGGUGAACGAGCAGACAGACCCGGUCAAUCGCAAAAAGCAGCUCCAGGGAUUCCCCCCCAACUUCAUUCACUCCCUGGAUGCGAGCCACAUGCUGCUGUCGGCAUUGCAAUGCCAUGAGCUAGGCCUCAGCUUCGCCGCCGUGCACGACUCGUUUUGGACGCACGCCGCCGACAUCGACACCAUGAAUGGCGUCAUCCGAGACGCCUUCAUUAAAAUACACGAGGAGGAUGUUGUCGGACGCCUUGCCACCGAGUUCGAAGCGCGUCAUAAGGGCUCCUUGUAUCUCGCGCACAUCGACCCGUUGACUCCCGUAGCGAAGAAGAUCAAAGAACUGCGCAAGAACAGCAAGCUCUCCCCCAAGGAAGAGCUGCUCCUAGAGCACAAGCGCAAUUCGCUCCGCCUGUCGGGUAAUCCUUGGGACCUUGAAAUCGCGAAGAAAAUAAUCACCCCGGCGUCGGUCUACGAGGAGAUGUCUGCUGCUGAGGUCGAUGUCAGCAUCCGCGAGGAUUCCAAGGACAUUGGCCUCGGAGACAUCCCCGAAGAUGAGGAUGGGGUAUCGACGGUAAAGGAGAUUCGCGAGGAGAUGAUGGAGGAUGAUGACGGCGAGGUUGACGCUGAAGACUCUAGCGCCAUUGAUGCCGUGGAGAUGUCUAAGCGAAUCAUGGAGGACAUGAAGUCAACGCACUUCGAAAUGCAGAUGACGAGCCAGAAGCGCAGCAAAGUCAAGGCCCGUCGCACCCCCUUGCCGGUCUGGUUGCCCUUGACCAUUCCGGCCAUCCCCAAGAAGGGCGACUUUGACGUAACACGUCUGCGCGAGAGCAAAUACUUUUUCUCUUGAGCGACUUCGAAAGACGGAGACGCAUAUUGUACAACAUGACACAGAGACGAUGUACUGGAGCAUGGCGCUUUGAACUUUGAAGCACAGCGAUUUGGCAUUUUCGGCGGCGAUUUUCGGUGAGACGCCAGGCGGCGCCCUUUGUAUAUCAUUUCAGCGGCGCAUUACAGGGGUGUCGGGAAAAGACAAAGACGGCUUUAGAGCUGGGACGAGGCAAGAUGGGUGUCUCUCAAGCUAUCGAUCUAGAUGAACGUAUGCGGAGGUACAUCUAUGGCUGUAAAAAUAUGCCUGUUCUGGCACCUGCAUGACGUUUGCAGGCCCAAAGACCAGUGUAAGAUAAACAGAAAUGACUUCAAAUCUAUAUGGUGCGGCAUUGUAGCAAUCGCG